GGAAUAAGUGAGUAAGUUACUUUCUGUGCCGAGUGCUGAGUGUCGAGUGCCGAGUGCCCGACCAAAUACAUUCAGUGUUUGUGAGGUAUAUGUAAUAGUAUAAGUGACCACUCCUUCUAAUCAUGAAAUUUUGUCAAACACAUGAUAAAUUUAAUAUUUAAAAAGAAGGUUUUUGAAAUUUUGUGUAGAUGUGUGUCAGUGACGAUUGGAUUUGAUUAGAAAAAAUUAUUCAUCCAAGAAAAUGUGGAUCUGGAUUUUGAUAUUAACCUUCGCUUACGGGAAUAGUCAGUUCUCGCAAGAAUCGACUGAAUCGACGCGCUCUCCUUGGAAUCGAUUCGAUGAUAGAGAUCAGACUGGAUUUGGAUUACGAGGUUCUGGAAAUCCAACUGACAAUAUUAUAAUAAAAGAGGCUACUUACUUUGUGGUCGCAUCUCGAAUGGUUAGACCAGGUCAGAUUUACCGUGUAGAUGUAAAUGUCUUAUAUAGCCCAAUCCCAAUCAUAGUACGUUCAUCCAUUCAAAGAAAUGGAGUGGAGAUAGCUGCAGAUUUUCAAGAAGUAAAGGAAGGCAUACCAGAAACUCUAAUGAUGGGAUUGCCAUCUACGUCUGUUAAUGGAGAAUAUAGAUUGAGAGUAGAAGGAACAUAUAAUAGUCUAACUGGUGGCCAAGCAUUUUUAAAUGAGACCAAACUUACAUUUUCACAAAGAUCAAUGACUAUAUUUAUUCAAUUGGACAAACCUGUAUAUAUGCAAGGAGAAACUGUGCGAUUUAGAACUAUACCCAUAGAUACUGAACUCAAAGCAUUUAAUAAUCCUAUAGAUGUGUACAUGUUAGAUCCAUAUAGGAGAGUAAUGAGGAGAUGGUUAAGCAGACAGAGCAAUUUAGGAACAGUAUCUUUAUCAUACCAGCUUUCUGAUCAACCAGUUUUUGGAGAAUGGAUUAUACAAGUGAUAGCACAAAGCCAGGUAGAAGAGAAAACUUUCCUAGUUGAGGAAUACUAUCAAACACGCUUCGAAGUUAACGUAACAAUGCCUGCAUUCUUUUUUGAUAAUGAUCAAUAUAUAAAUGGUAUAGUCCAAGCAAAUUAUACUAGUGGUGCACCAGUGAGGGGAAACUUAACUCUAAAAGCACGCAUUAGAUCGUUAGAUAGAGCAUAUACAGAAUCUGAUUCUGAAUCUGGAGAAAGAUAUUUUUAUUUUGAUGAGUAUUAUCCUGCGUGGUUGAAAGUUUCAAAUUAUUUGAAUAAUAAAGUUCCUGUAUUGAGAUUUUUUAAUGGAACUUAUCACUUCCGAUAUCCAAUGUCAGAAUUACUAAGUUUUGUACCUACUGCGAGCGGAGUAGAGAUUACUGUGACUGCAACGGUCGGCGAAAGAUUUUUAGACGAAGUAAUUACAGGUUACUCCACAGCCCGAAUAUAUAACUCUACCUCAAAGGUUCGAUUUUUGGGCGGAUCACCGCAAGUUUUUAAGCCAGCAAUGCCAUUUACCUUGAAUUUAGUGGCGUCGUUUCAUGAUAAUUCAAUAUUGAGACCAACGCAAUUAAAAGGGGCUGUAAUGGAAAUUCGCGCGGAUAUCGAAAUGAGAACAGGUGGUCAUAGAACACUAGAAACUCAAUAUCUAAAACAUUCGGCAGACAAUGAAGGUGUUUGGUCUACCAGAAUCGAUUUAAGAAAACAACUUGGACUUGAUCAUAAUUCGAAUCAAGCACAGCAAAUUCUCAAUGAUAUUUCUUCUAUGAAAGUGUUUGCUUACCUUACCGACGGAGAAGGCUACAAAACGCAAACUGAAUUAUUGUUAUUGGCUCACGAAUCGCCGAAUCAACAGCACAUAAAAAUCUCAACGUCCACAGAAAAACCUAAAGUUGGAGAAUACAUGAUAUUCCAUGUUCAAACUAAUUUCUAUAUCGAUACUUUCAACUAUCUCAUUAUGGCAAAAGGUACAAUACUUUUGACUGGACAAGACAAUAUGCAACAUAACAUAAAAACGAUCGCCGUUCCUUUAAGUGCAGAAAUGGCUCCCGUUGCAACUGCAGUCGUAUAUCACGUUGGGCAAUAUGGCAAUGUAGUAGCAGACUCUUUAACCUUCUCUGUAAAUGGCAUUUCACGUAAUAAUUUCACUGUAUUCAUCAACAAUAAAAAAUCUAGAACGGGUGAGAAUGUCGAAGUAGCCAUUUACGGAGAACCAGGAGCGUACGUCGCUCUUUCAGGUAUAGAUAGAUCUUUCUUCACGAUGCAAGCAGGAAAUGAAUUAACUUACGCCAAUGUUAUAUCAAAAAUGGCACAUUUCGACGAAGAGACGAAUGGAACUCAUGCCCACACUUGGUUGUACCAUGAAGGUGAUCCGGAUGAAGUUGUUUACUUCCCAUCUUCAACUUUUGGCAUAGACGUCAAUAGAACGUUCGAAUACGUUGGAUUAGUAGCCUUCACAGACGCCAUUAUUUACCGAAGACCUGAUAACUGUAACAUAACUCAAGGAUAUGGAGAAUGCCUCUCUGGAAGAUGUUAUAGACUAGACAAAAAAUGCGAUGGAGUAUAUGAUUGCGAUGAUGGCACCGAUGAAGUAGGCUGCGAGCGCAGAAAUAUCACAGACAUUGUACAGUUUAGAAAGUGGCGGUUUAACAGAUUACAGAGACAAUACGAAAACGUAUGGUUAUGGAAAGAUAUCAAUAUUGGUCCUCAUGGUAGAUACAUUUUCAAUAUAGACGUUCCAAGGAGACCAGUUCUGUGGAUGGUUACAGCGUUCGGUAUGUCUCCAAGUAUGGGCUUUGGUAUGCUGCCAAAAGCCAUUGCAUAUAUGGGUAUCUUGCCAUUCUAUAUUAAUGUGGAAAUGCCUACUCAUAGUAAACAAGGAGAACAAAUUGGUAUCCGCGUCUCCGUUUUCAAUUACCUACGCAAUAAUAUAGAAGCUGUAGUAGUUUUAACUGGUUCCAAGGAUUAUAAAUUCGUUCACGUUGAAGAUAAUGGUAUUGUACAAUCGUACAAGCCUCGUACAUCUUUUGGUGAACACCAGUUCUUUAUUUGGAUCCCUGCUCAAGAUGCUUCUAUUGUUUAUCUACCUAUUGUACCAAUAAGGCUUGGAGAUAUCAAAGUACACAUCUAUGCCACUACCGUAAUCGGAAGGGAUUCGGUUACGCGUACCUUGCACGUAGAAGCUGAUGGCCUUCCUCAGCACAGACAUCAAUCUAUCCUGCUCGAUCUUAGUAACCGUGCAUAUGUGUUCCAAUACAUGCACGUUAACAUUACAGAAACACCUAUUAUACCCUACGACGAAAAUCGUUACUACGUAUUCGGAUCAAACAAGGCUGUGAUAAGUUUGGUCGGAGAUGUCGUUGGACCAAUUUUUCCGACGAUGCCUGUUAACGCCACAAGUCUCAUGGAUCUCCCUAUGGAUUGUGCGGAACAAAAUAUGUUCAGUUUCGCUGCUAAUUUAUACACGACAAUGUAUAUGCGUUUACUUAAUCAACGUAAUAGAACGCAAGAGAAACAGAGUUUCUAUUACAUGAAUAUUGGCUAUCAGAGACAACUUUCGUUUAUGAAUCCCGAUGGAUCGUUCAGCUUAUUCCGUAGCGAUUGGAACCAAUCGUCACCAAGUGUUUGGUUAACAGCAUAUUGUGCUCGUGUUUUACAAGAAGCACGCUUCUAUGAGUGGGAAAAUUAUCUUUACAUUGACCCUGAAGUAAUAGCACAGGCUGUGUCUUGGUUAUUGAAAUAUCAAACACCUGAAGGAUCGUUCUAUGAAGUUACAUGGAUGCCUGAUCGCAAGAUGAACAGCUCUCUAAAUUACGACGAUGACAUAAUAACACAUAGAAAUAUCAGUCUUACAGCUCACGUUCUAAUCACAUUACAAAGUGUGAAAGAUUUGCCUGAGGGUCUAGGAACUCAAGUUGCUGUAAGUGCUGCUGGUGCAAUCAAGUGGUUGGAGAGAAAUUUGAAAUUGUUAGAAGUACGAGGGAAGCCUUACGAGAUAGCGAUAGUAUCGUAUGCUCUGUUAUUGGCAAAAGCUUCUACUGCAGGACAAGCUUUUAACAUUUUAUCUAGACACGCCCGUAGAGAAGGAGGAUUAACAUAUUGGGGCAGAGAAUCAGUACCUCUUCCUCCUUACAAACUGGAAAAUCAGAAACCAUUCCUCCUUCCACGUUUACCAUACAUGUACGACUCAGAAAAUAUCGAAACCACUGCGUAUGCUCUUUUGGUGCACGUUGCUCGACAAGAGAUAAUGUUAGAGCCCAUAGUAAAAUGGUUGAACUCUCAAAGAUUAACCGACGGUGGUUGGGCCUCGACACAAGAUACUGCGUGGGCGAUGAAAGCGUUAAUGGAUUAUACGGUGAGAUCGAGAAUUCGAGAUGUUAGUUCAUUGGCUGUUACUAUAGAAGCCACAGCUCUUCCAGGACAGACUAAAACACUAUUUGUCAAUGACAAUAAUCUUGCAAGGCUUCAGACUAUAGAGAUACCUGAAGCAUGGGGAACAGUAAAAGUACAAGCAAAGGGUGCUGGAUAUGCAAUUCUACAAAUGUCAGUACAAUACAAUGUGGAUAUUGCAAAAUUCCAAACACAGCCGCCUAUUAAAUCUUUCGAUCUAGUAACGAGAGCAAAUUUCCAUGGCAGAAAUCAGUCUCACAUAUCAUAUCUCAGUUGUCAGAGGUGGAUUAAUACGAACGAAUCUUCUCGUUCUGGAAUGGCAGUGUUGGAUGUAGCUAUUCCAACAGGUUAUAUAAUCCAACAACAAACUUUGGAUAGGUAUAUCAAAUCGAAACAAGUAAGGAAUCUUCAGAGAGCACGAUUCCAUGAAAAGAAAGUGCUCUUUUAUUUCGAUUAUUUGGACCAAGAAGAAACGUGUGUAAAUUUCACGAUAGAAAGAUGGUUCCCGGUUGCAAAUAUGUCACGGUAUCUUCCUAUCAGAAUUUACGACUAUUAUGCUCCAGAGCGUUUCAACGAAACUAUAUUUGAUGCUCUACCGACUUAUACACUAAAUAUUUGCGAAGUUUGCGGUAGUUCCCAGUGUCCUUACUGUCCGAUUUAUAAUACCGCCACGAUGUUGGCCACACCAACAGGUUUUCUGCUUGCAAUUUCUGUUCUCGUUGUUGUGACAAGAUAUUUUCGAACACAGGAGUUUAGUGUGGGUUAAUUCCCAUAUAUAACAUAUGAUGAUUUAACAGAAAAACGGAAAGAGAAAGGUGAAUAUUCUCGAUUUUAUAUUUUACGUUAUAUUGUCAUCUUUUCUCGACUUCUUAUAUCCGUCCUUAAGUCUGGUGCACAACUGGAACAGUACCUGAAAAUACAGGUACACGUGAGUAAAAAUAAUUAAUUUAUAAGAUGAAGUUCCAGUUAUCCUUAUUUGUAAUUAUACUUUCUCUUUUUUUUUUACUGCAACAUUACAUCGAGUUACUUACGAAAAAGAAACCGUCCAUUUGUGAUUUGUUAACAUAUGUCGGAAAUUUAUAUUUAGCGUGGAAGUAUAGAAAUUUUAAUAAAACACAUAUUUUUAUACAUUUUUUAACUUUAUAAUAUUUGAUAUGUUAUAUAAUUUAAAACAUAUCAUGUGUUUUUAUUCACGUUGUUAAUCGAUUAAUGUCAAUUUAUUCGAAUGUUUUCAACAUUCCAUGUACAGGGUGCAUCAUGUAAAAAUAGAACACCUGAAUAUUUUCUAGAUCUUGAAAGAAACGUCAAUCAACAGACCUUUUAGUUUCAUCAUAUUUCUCUCCUUGAACAGUAUGUCUUUCCUUUCUGACAUUUCUUCCUAUCUUCAACAUUAACAGAGAUAUUUAGGUGUUUUGUUUUACGCGACUCAUUCUGUAUAGUUUAACAAUUUUAAACCGUAGUUAGAGCAAUGUGUUCUAGGAGGCAAAGAAUUUUUAAGUACAAAUGAAACUUACAAUUAGUCGAGAUCGAAUUUUUGUAAGUAUGAUACACCAAAAAAACAUCUUUAUACGUCUUCUAGUAAUAAUUUCUACUUAAAUGAAUAUUACAAAUUCAUGAUUUCUUCUUAUUGUAAUCAAUUUAAAAAAUUCAAAUUUUUUAAUUUAUCUCUUUACAAUUUUAUGCUUGAAUCUCUCUCUCUCUCUCUCUCUCUCUCUCUUCUGACUAGAUCUAUUUAAAAAGUACGCUACAACAUUUCUGUUCCACUUACAUGUGAAGCUUCAAUUGUGCUAGAAUUAAGUUAUUACUAGAGAAAUCAUAAGUGUCACUAUUUCUAUAAAGAGUUUUUAUUUAAAUUCUACAAUUAUAAUUUGAAAAAUCGUGCUCAUAAAUUGUGCCUUCGCAAUGCCCCCUGAACACUAUCAAUUUAUAAAUCAAAGAUUUACAUUCCGGUUAAGAAAAGUUGCUAUUGGUUGGCAAUUUGUAAAUAGUAGACUAGAGAAAAAGAUCUGUGAAUACGGAUGUCAUUCUAAUACAUGCUCGUGUACUUUUUCAAGUGAAAGAAGAAAUGUGGAAGUAUGUAAGGCAUUCGUUCAAAUAAGGUAUUUUGCCUCUGCAAAGAAACUUUAUAUUCUUUUGUAUAGUUAAUUGUCUGUUCGAACAUCAAAGAUCUAUUUUUAGUAAUAUAGCACUUACAAUAAGGUAAUGCAAUAACUUGUAAGUAUUUUAAAAGGAAAUGUUAUAUCGUUGAUACUUUGAAAAUGUGCGACGUAAUUACUUAGUUAAUAAUUUAUUCAUAUACGAAGCAAUAAUCUAAUACUCGUAUUUGCUUUUUUUUCAUGUAAUUAAGUAAAAUAAUCGCUUCACUAAAAUAAAAAAAACAGAUGAAGUUACUGAACGAUAAAACGUCUUAAAAAGUAUUGUCGCAAAUUUUCAAAUAAUAUAAUAACGCAUAUAACGUUAUUAAUACCGUAUAUAAAAAGUCUGCUUUAUAAUAAAACACAAUAAAAUAUUAAUUAACUCGUUUUUAACAUACGAGCGCAUACAGCUAUCGAAUGUAUUUUAUCACCAAGUUCUCAUAUUAAAUGAAGUUACAAUUUUUUAUUUAAGGAUAACAUAUUAUAAUACAUAUUAAAUUAUUUGUAAAUCAAUUUUUUAUAAAACUGGUUGCUCGUUCGCGUUAUCCGUCCGAAAAUAUAUUUAUAUGAUAGCGAAAUGAAAAUAGCACUUAACAUGCGUUGAACGUAUUUUUAAGUUUUAUAAUCUUUAUACAAAUAAAAUAGUAAAAAUAUAUUUCA